GCUGGGCGCGCAGCGCGGCCCACCGGGGGCGGUGGGGGGCGGCCCGGCGGCCGGCCGCGAGCGGGCGCCCCGACCCCCCGAGGCGCGGAUGGAACGGCGGCGGCGGCUAUUGUUGUCAGUCAGCGCCGGGAGCCGGGGGCAGGAGAGGAUGCGCGGCCCCGGGAGCCGAGGCGAGCAUGAGAGCUGGCCUCCGGUGGUCUCAUGGCAACCCGGAAGUCCCCUCCCCAAGAACAUGAAAGUGAUGAUGAAUCUUACGAAGUGUUGGAUUCAGCUGAGCAUACAAGAGGACAUGACUGGUGGAAUCGAUUGUUGGGUCACAGUUCCAGACCUGCAGUAGAAAAACACUCUGUAGCCUCCCAGAUUGUCAUUGGUGGAGUGACUGGCUGGUGUACGGGAUUUUUGUUUCAGAAAGUUGGAAAACUUGCAGCAACUGCUGUAGCUGGUGGCUUUCUUCUCCUUCAGAUUGCCAAUUAUAGUGGCUAUGUUCAGGUUGACUGGAAAAGAGUUGAAAAAGAUGUAAAAGCAAAGCGACAGGUUAAGAAACGAACAAAUAAAGCAGCACCUAAAAUCAACAAUAGAAUUGAAGAAGCAACAGAAUUUAUCAAACAGAACACCGUGAUCGCCAGUGGAUUUGUGGGAGGCUUUUUGCUAGGCCUUGCAUCUUAAGGACAUGAGUGUGCUUAAGAUGAAGUGAAGGGGACUGCAGUGAACUUAAGUGAAGUCACUGUGAGAAGAGAAAUAGUGGUGACAAAGGAUCUCAACAUCGUGUGCUUUCUGCAGGGAGACGAGAAACAACUAGCUGGACAGUAUCAAGCUCACAACUUAGCACUUUCUCAUCAGAAGCUUGGCAAACUGUAGUAUCUGCUAUAAAAUAAUCUGUAUGAUUUGUGUACAGUAGUAUUCCUGGGCAAAACAUGGCUUUCGUUAGUUUUUUUAAAUAUGCAUUUGUUUAGAAAUUAGCCCAGAGAAUAUCAUCAUUGAAUAGAUAUGGAGAGAAAAAAAAAUCGGUUGGAUAUAUUCCUCAGUGAACUAUUAUCCAUGUUUCAUUUAAAUAAGAUGUUUUUCAUUGUCUUACAGUAUAUUGGCAAUAUUUAAAAACUUGUAUUAUAGCUUCAACAUUAGGGCUGACUUUUUUUAAAGUUACUUAAACUAAAAUAUGAAUGCCCUUUUGUGGAAGAAUUUAGAAAUCAUAGAAUCGUUACCAGUAUUUAAGUUGUCUGUUCUUGCUACUCUUUCUUUAACAAUAUCAAAGAAGACUCUUACUUGAUUUUUUAAUGCAAAAUUAUAAAAGUAUUUCAGCCUUCCCCUGAGUUUGAUGCCCAGCACUGUGAAAGAAAAAAAGCCAAAUAUAUAAGCUAUUUUUAAUCAAUUUAUUUAUCCUAUUGUACAGAAGUAAUUAUUUUGAAGGUUCAUAUUGUUAGGUCACUGACUCAAAUUGUUAACUGAGUGAACUUCCUUUCUUCUUAAAAUCCUAAUUAUUAUGUUGACCCCUUUUCAGAAAGGUAAUGUCAUGUGACUUACUAAGUAUAUUACAACCUUUAAAAUUUGAAAAACAAUUGCUUUCUGUAUAAUUAUGAAACUGUAACUUACAGAGAAUUUUCUCCUUGAUGUAAUCCAUAACUUCUUAAAUUGUGGAUUGCAUCCCUGUAUUGGGUCACAGA